CGCGUGCCGGGUGUCAUGGCGGCCUGCAGGCAUUGCUGCUCGUGCCUCCGGCUCCGGCCGCUGGGUGAUGCUCCCCUCCGUCUGCCAGGGCGGGAUCCGGCACUCACCAAAUUGCAGGUGCGAGCACUAUGGGGCAGUGCGGGGUCCCGAGCCGUGGCCGUGGACUUAGGCAGCAGAAAAUUAGAAAUAUCCUCUGGAAAACUGGCCAGAUUUGCAGAUGGCUCUGCUGUAGUACAGUCAGGUGACACGGCAGUGAUGGUCACAGCGGUCAGUAAAACAAAACCUUCACCUUCCCAGUUCUUGCCUUUGGUGGUGGACUAUAGACAGAAGGCUGCUGCAGCAGGUAGAAUUCCCACAAACUAUCUUAGAAGAGAGAUUGGUUCUUCUGAUAAAGAAAUUCUUACAAGUCGAGUAAUAGAUCGUUCAAUUAGACCGCUCUUUCCAGCUGGCUACUUUUAUGACACACAAGUCCUUUGUAAUCUGUUAGCAGUAGAUGGUGUUAAUGAACCUGAUGUCCUAGCAAUUAAUGGUGCUUCCGUAGCCCUCUCAUUAUCAGAUAUUCCUUGGAGUGGACCUGUUGGGGCAGUACGAAUAGGAAUGAUUGAUGGAGAAUGUGUUGUUAACCCAACACGAAAAGAAAUGUCUUCCAGUACUUUAAAUUUAGUGGUUGCUGGAGCACCUAAAAGUCAGAUUGUCAUGUUGGAAGCCUCUGCAGAGAACAUUUUACAGCAGGACUUUUGCCACGCUAUCAAAGUGGGAGUAAAAUAUACACAACAAAUAAUUCAGGGCAUCCAGCAAUUGGUAAAAGAAAUUGGUGUUACCAAGAGGACACCCCAGAAGUUAUUUAUCCCUUCACCAGAGAUUGUGAAACACACUCAUAAACUCGCUAUGGAAAGACUCUAUGCAGUUUUUACAGAUUAUGAACAUGAUAAAAUUUCUAGAGAUGAAACUGUUAACAAGAUAAGAUUAGAUACAGAGGAACAACUAAAAGAAAAAUUUCCAGAGGUUGAUCCAUAUGAAAUAAUAGAAUCCUUCAAUGUUGUUGCAAAGGAGGUUUUUAGAAGUAUUAUUUUGAAUGAAUACAAAAGGUGUGAUGGUCGAGAUUUGACUUCACUUAGGGACAUAAAUUGUGAGGUAGAUAUGUUUAAAAUUCUUCAUGGAUCAGCAUUAUUUCAAAGGGGACAAACACAGGUGCUUUGUACUGUUACAUUUGAUUCCUUAGAAUCCAGUAUUAAGUCAGACCGAAUUAUAACAGCUAUAAAUGGAAUAAAAGAUAAAAACUUUAUGCUGCACUAUGAGUUUCCUCCUUAUGCAACAAAUGAAAUUGGCAAAGUCACUGGUGUAAACAGAAGGGAACUUGGGCAUGGUGCUCUUGCUGAAAAAGCUUUGUAUCCUGUUAUUCCCAAAGAUUUUCCUUUCACCAUAAGAGUCACAUCUGAAGUCCUAGAGUCAAAUGGAUCAUCUUCUAUGGCAUCUGCAUGUGGUGGAAGUUUAGCAUUAAUGGAUGCAGGAGUUCCAAUUUCAUCUGCUGUCGCAGGUGUGGCAAUAGGAUUGGUCACCAAAAACAAUCCCGACAAGGGUGAAAUAGAAGAUUAUCGUUUGCUGACAGAUAUUCUGGGAAUUGAAGAUUACAAUGGUGAUAUGGAUUUCAAAAUAGCUGGCACUAAUAAGGGAAUAACUGCAUUACAGGCUGAUAUUAAAUUACCUGGAAUACCAAUAAAAAUUGUAAUGGAGGCCAUUCAACAAGCCUCAGUGGCAAAGAAGGAGAUAUUACAGAUUAUGAACAGAACUAUUUCAAAACCUCGAGCAUUUAGAAAAGAAAAUGGACCUGUUGUAGAAACCAUUCAGGUUCCAUUAUCAAAACGAGCAAAAUUUGUUGGACCAGGUGGAUAUCAUUUAAAAAAGCUUCAGGCUGAAACAGGUGUAACUGUUAGUCAGGUGGAUGAAGAAACAUUUUCUGUAUUUGCACCAACACCCAGUGCUAUGCAUGAAGCAAGAGACUUCAUUACCGAAAUCUGCAAAGAUGAUCAAGAGCAGCAAUUAGAAUUUGGAGCAGUGUAUACCGCUACAAUAACUGAAAUCAGAGACACUGGAGUAAUGGUUAAACUAUAUCCAAAUAUGACUGCGGUACUACUUCAUAACACACAACUUGAUCAACGAAAGAUUAAACAUCCCACUGCCCUAGGAUUAGAAGUUGGCCAAGAAAUUCAGGUGAAAUACUUUGGGCGUGAUCCGGCUGAUGGAAGAAUGAGGCUUUCUCGUAAAGUGCUCCAGUCUCCAGCUACAACUGUUGUCAAAACUCUAAAUGACAGAAGCAGUAUUGUAAUGGGAGAAUCUGUUUCACAGUCAUCAUCUAAUUCUUCCCGGGACUCCUAACUGCUAAUAAGAUGGAAAAAUGAAGCUAGUUCUCAAACUCUAGAGACCAGUACUGCUACAAAGUGACAGAACAGCUCACUAAUCACAAACCACCAAAAAGAUCCCAUUUCCAUUUAAACCAAGAGCCCAUACUUGAUGUCUGAACUUUUCUUAUUGUUGUCUUCAUUCAAAUCUUGGUAAUUUACCCUACUUUCCAAUAAAGUUUUUCUGUGAGGGUUA